CAAUAGUCUUGUGUGCAGUGCAUCGAGCAGUUUUCGGUCUGGAUCGCAUGGCUUGGUUUUCGGCUCAUCUCGUCGCCUUGUUCCUCCUCCUCCUCUCACAUCUCGCGACCCCCUCAUCGGCGACAACAACUCGGCUGGGAGCCGAUCUCCUGGGCGCGGCGCGUGCGCCUCCCUUCGAGUCAUGGCUGCGCGGCCUGCGUCGGCGCAUCCACCAGCGCCCGGAGCUGGCCUUCCAAGAGCACCGCACAAGCGAGCUCGUGCGCGCCGAGCUCGACACGCUCGGCAUCCCAUAUGUCUGGCCCGUCGCCCAGACCGGCGUCGUGGCGACCAUCAUCGGAGGCGGCGGCGGCUCCGGGCCUGUCGUUGCGCUCCGGGCCGACAUGGACGCGCUCCCCCUGCAGGAAUUGGUUGAUUGGGAGUACAAGAGCCUCGAAAGUGGCAAGAUGCAUGCUUGUGGACAUGAUGCCCAUGUGACAAUGCUUCUAGGAGCUGCCAAGCUACUUCAAUCUCGGAAAGAAGAUUUAAAGGGUACUGUCAAGCUUGUGUUCCAGCCUGCUGAAGAGGGCUACGCCGGGGCUUACUACAUUUUAAAGGAGGGUGUCCUCGAUGCCGUUGAUCCUGUCAUUGCUGCUUCCUCCGCCAUUCUCAGCCUUCAGCAACUGGUCGCCCGUGAAACCGAUCCACUCGAGUCAGCUGUGGUGUCUGUUACACAGCUGAGAGGAGGUGAUGCUUACAAUGUAAUUCCCGAAUCUGCGUCGUUUGGCGGCACCUUUCGGAGCAUGACAGAUGAAGGCCUGUCAUAUCUAAUGAAAAGGGUGAAAGAGAUCAUAGAGGCCCAGGCUGCCGUGCACCGCUGCACAGCCAUUGUCGACUUCAUGGAGGAGAAGCUAAAGCAUUACCCAGCCACCGUCAACGAUGAAGGGAUGUAUGACCAUUCCAAGGAAGUGGCCGAGGCCAUGCUCGGGGAAGCUAAUGUGAAGGUGGCUCCCCGGAGCAUGGGCGGCGAGGACUUCGCGUUCUACGCCCAGAGAGCGGCGGGCGCAUUCUUCUUCAUCGGUGUAGGUAAUGAGACCACCAUGGAUAUGGUUCGUCCGGUGCACUCCCCGCAUUUCGUCCUCGAUGAGGAUGUUCUUCCUAUUGGAGCUGCGUUUCAUGCUGCGGUUGCCAUUGAGUACCUGUGUUAGAGAAUCCUAUAGAUUGUAGUCCGUAUCAAAUACAAUCUGUAGGUUAGAUCAACUUGUACUCCACGUUUGUAAUGUCCUUGCUGUGUAUAUAUAUAUAAUAUGCAAUGUAAACGAUUGAGGCGAGCAAUUGCAGCCCGAUCUUGUUUUCCUACCUAAUCUAAUUA